AUGGCAGCAAAAAUCGACGACGGAAUAGAAAUUCUGUCCUGCAACUAUGAUCGAAACGACGUCAACCUAGCCCUGACAGCCGCGAAAGACGGGGCCAUCCCUGCCAGCGGAGUUACCGCUCCGGAACGGCACUCAGUAUCGACGAAAACGACUUCUACGAUGAGCACACCGGUGCCGUCGGCGUCCCCAACACCGACACCGCCGUCGGUGAACACGAUACCGGAACGUGGUAGCCGCAAGGGGCGGCGUAGCGAGGGGUCGGUAAAGGUCCGAGGGGACCACUAUCGGGGUGACCACUACCGAGUGGCCAACCAGGAGGAGUACGAUGAAGAGACGGAGGCUGAAAAUGGUCGGAUGACACGUGUGGACGGGUCAGUAGCGGUCAAGACACCGGAAGACUUUAAGGAAGAUGAUAACGAAAAUAACCCCUAUAGGAAGAAAGUGGCCAGAGUAGUUGUGCGUUUCUUUUCUUUUUCUUCAUUUUACUUUUCUAUAUCAUACCCUUUCUUUCGCGUUCUUUAUUUCUGUUACUCUCUUUCUUUCCUUACUUUUUAUAUCUCAUAUUUCUUCUUUUUUUUUUCUUAUUUUCUUUUUUCUUUCUUUCUUACUUUCCUUUCUUUUUUUCUUUCUCACACUUCACCAGAAGGCUCACUUUAUUUUUAUCAUUCUUUCAUCCUUUGUUUCUUUCCUUCGCACGCCUCAGAAUUUUUCUUUAUUUAUUUUCUCAUAUACUUCGCAUUCUUUCUGUCUUUUUCUUUCUUUCUGUUUAUAACUAAUCUUCCUCUUUCCUUAUUUUUCUGCAAGCCUCAAAUUCAUUCAUUCUUUCUUUCUUUUUCCUUCUUUAUUCACCUCAAUUUUCUUCCUGCUUUCAUUAUCUCAUAUUCCCCUUUCUUUUUUUUCUUACAAGUCUCACAUUCAUUCAUUCAUUCUUUCUUUCUUUUUUCUUCUUCAUUCACCUCACAUUCCUUCCUUAUUUACUCUACAUUUUUCAUAUUCCUUCCUUUACGCCUUCGUUCCUAUCUUCGUUACUUACUUUUCUAUAUAUCUCAUAUUGUUUCUUUCUUUCUUUCUUUCUUUCUUUCUUUCUUUAUUCCUUCCUUUCUUUCUUUCUUUCUUUCUUUUUACAUUUCCUUUCUCGUUUUUCCUUCUUUCCUUAAUUUUUAUAUAAUACAUACCCAAAAUACCAUAUUUCUUUCUUUCUUUCUUUCUUUCUUUCUUUCUUUCUUUCUUUCUUUCUUUCUUUCCAAGCAAGCCUCACCAUCUGUCUUUAUUUAUUUCCUUUUUAUAUCGUACAUUCCACAUUUCUUUCUUUCUUUUUUCUUUCUCUUAAUUUCCUCAUAUUAUUUUCUUUCUUACAUUUUAUAUUUUUCAUUGUCUUUUCUUUCCCUCAUUUCUUCUUUCUUGUAUAUGAGUUUUCCUUUCUUUUGCUUCUGCGUCUUUUCCACUUUCGUUCGUACCUUCUUUCUUUUUUUCUUUCUUUCUUUCUCUCUUUCUUUUUUUUCUUUUCACCAAAUACCUUGCGGGUUUUUUUGCACAUUUUCUGUUUUCUUUUCUCAUUCUCUUUUUUCUUCUCAUUUUCCCUCAUUUUCUUUCUUUCUUUCUUUCUUUCUUUCUUUUCUUCAAUUCUUUUAUUUUAUUUUUCUUCAUUCCUUUUAUUUUUCUUCUUUCUUCUUUCCUUUUAUUUUUCUUCAUUCCUUUUAUUUUUCUUCUUUCCUUUUAUUUUUACUUACGUCUUUUUUAAUUUUCUUUUCUUUUUUCCUUUUCUAA